UCUUCUAUCCUUAAAAUCAAACUGUUCCUCGUACUCACAGUACGUUACUUAUUGCUCAUUCUAUUUCUAAUUCUGUCCAUUUCCAAGCUUCAUCAACGUGCAACUCAAACAUGUUGACAAGAAAAGGUUCUUUAAAAAUUCAACCCCCAGUAUACGGUAGUAAGAUUACCAUCCUUAGUAUUGAUGGAGGAGGGAUUAGAGGAAUCUUGCCUGGAGUCAUUCUUGCUUACCUUGAAGCUCAACUACAGGCGCUUGAUGGCGAGGAUGCAAGGAUUGCAGAUUAUUUUGAUGUGAUCUCAGGAACAAGUACUGGUGGUCUCAUAACUGCAAUGUUAGCUGCUCCAAACGAACAGCAACGUCCUCUUUUUGAAGCCAAAGAUAUAGUUCCUUUUUACCUUAACAAUUCCCCUAAAAUUUUCCCACAAACUAGUGGGAUGUUUGCCUGGCCAAAAAAUGUUUGGAAAGCUAUAUCUGGACCUAAGUAUGAUGGCAAGUAUCUACACAAGCUGGUAAGAGAUAUAUUAAAGGACACAAGGUUGCAACAAACCUUGACAAAUGUGGUUAUCCCUACUUUUGACAUCAAGAAAAUCCAGCCUGUAAUCUUUUCUUCGUAUCAGGUUCCAAACAGUCCAAUCACAGAUGCACUACUCUCAGACAUAUGCAUAGCUACCUCAGCAGCUCCAACUUAUUUUCCUCCUCAUUAUUUCAAGAACCAAGAUGCACAAGGAAAUUUUGAAGAAUUUAACCUCAUCGAUGGUGGCAUAGCUGCUAAUAACCCAACCUUGGUGGCUAUUAGUGAAGUAUCCAAGCAGAUGUCAAAGAAGAAUCCAGACUUUUUCCCUAUCAAGCCAACGAAUUAUGAACGUUAUCUGGUGAUCUCUAUUGGGACUGGUGCCAAUAGGAAUGGAACAACAUACAGUGCUAAAGUAGCUUCAGAGUGGGGGGUUAUCGGCUGGUUAUUCCACAAUGGACGUACUCCCUUGAUAACUUGCUACAAUAAUGCUAGUUCUGAUAUGGUUGAUUACCACAACUCUGUGGUUUUUCAAGCCUUUCAUUCUGAAAAUUACUACCUCCGGAUUGAUGAGGACAAGCUGCAAGGUGAUCUAUAUUCUGUUGAUAUAGCAACAAAAGAAAACUUGGAAAACCUAGUAAAAGUCGGAGAGGACCUGCUGAAGAGUCCAGUUUCGCGCAUAAAUUUGGACACUGGUGGAUAUGAACCGGUUGAGGAUGGUGGUACCAACGAAGAAGCACUCCAAAGGUUUGCAAAACUACUUUCAGAGGAAAGGAAACUCCGGCAGUCUAACUCAGCACCAGCCGAGGAAGAAGAAAACUAAAACUUUGCUCUGUUGUAUUGUGACUGGAUUAUAGAACACUUUUUUGUUUUUCCAUAUACUGAGACUAUAUUGUGUAUUUAAUAAGAGCAACAAUAUCCACUCCUGAAAUA